UCAUUCUACCCUGCAGCCUAUUGAGCUUCGCUGCCCAUUGAAUGCGCCACGGCAACGCUUACGCCCACACAUACUCUCCUUCCUACUCCGGCCUCAACGGCUGAGCUGGUAACAUGGACGGCAAGCAGGAUGGUCCGGACACGACCUCGAUCAAGCCCAUGUCGUCUCUCCGGGCUAAGUUCGAGAGCAUGGCGAAAGAGCAGCCAGAUACGGCUCCAGUAACUCCAGUGGGAGCUAAGCCUGCUGCGUUACUAGGCGUGCGAGGGACGUCGCCUACGGCACGACUGGGAACAACAGAUGGAGGGAGGAGGAGUGUAGACAUGGGCGUGCGAUCAACACCGAGUGGACAAUCUCUGCUCGCACCUUCACCAACGUCACAACGGUCUCACACUCCAGGAGGCACAGCUGGUGUAAGGCCAGCCUCCAUGGUGUCUUUGACGCCCACGAAACCGUCUCCACCUACUGUCAAGGUCAAUUCGCCUCGAUCGCCCCAUAAGACAUUCUCGCUGGACUUGCGGCCUGCAGCCAGCGGCACUCUCAUGGCCCCAUUAUUGGCCCCUCUGACUCCGGACAGGACCGGAGAUUCGGCAGGCAAAGGACACGCCAGAAAUAUCAGUAGAACUACCACUCCUGCGUUGGAGGCGCGGAUGGGUGCCUUUUUGCAAGCUGCGGAUACGCCAAAGACUCCCGGUGCAGAGGACAUGGCCCCACCACCUCUCCCGGACAACAAGCCCAAAAGUGAUGCAAAGUCAGACUCUACUCCAGGACCUCCCAGCUUCAAUCGAGCAGCGAAGCCCAAAGUUCCCGUGAAACCACCGGUGCUUGCAAAGAAGCCAAGCAAUUUGUCGCCCCAUGAGCCAGGUAGCGACUUUGCAGACAAGACUCCGUCCCCCUUCACUACGCCUCCUAGCAGUGGCUCAAGCUCUCCCCGUUUGAAUCUUGCAAGUACUAGCCAGCAACCUGCUCGAGGAGGAUUGCAUACUUCAGCUGUCAAUCGCAUCAGGGCUGAUUCUAAUGCUUCGUGGGUACAGAGAGUCCGCGGCGAUUCAGACGCUUCAUUAACUGGACGUGCACGAGCUGAAUCCAACACUUCCACUGCAUCAUUCGUGGAGCCAUCUUCACUUCCAGACGACUGGUUCCCACACUCAAACCGGCCUAGCUCACGUGAUCAUGAACCGAGACACUUGCAACGAGCCCCUACAAUGCCUGCACGGUACACUGGCAUGAAUGGGAGAGGCGCGAGAUCUACCGAGAAUCUGGGCGAAGACGUACCAAGGUUGCCAACCAGGCCGGAACUGCAAUCCCGAACAGGUCGAGUCAGCCCCCCAAAACCUCGAUCCGGGCGGACAAGCCCAUUGAAAACACAAAUGCUGCCGCCUCGGCGGUCUGUCGACGGACUACGGCGAGCGGCAUCGAGGACAGGCCCAGAAGCUGCGCCUCGAAUACCUGCUGUGCCCACGACGAGGAUCAAUACAAAAUCUGCUCUUAGUCAGGGCUUUGGCAGUGCUGCAUCUUCGCCCGCCACUGCAACGCCGACUCGACCUCCCGCAAUCCCGGCACCACGAAGAUCAGUGGACAACCGGAGGUCACUCGACAGGAGAAGGGAGCCGCCUCCGCCACUUUCAGCAGUGAAUGGAAAGUCGCACGACGAUCAAGAAGAGGUCAUACCAUAUGCAAGCAGUGAACAAGGUGUGGCCUUGUCAGACUACCCUGAUGGGACUCGCGCCAACCGAAGGGCUCCAAAAUUCAAACAGCGACCGUGGCAUAUACCGACCGAGUACGACACGCGCUUAUUCGCCGUUUGUGGCGAGUACGUCUGUACGACGGGCUACAUCACCAAAGUGUGGAAUUUCACCACUGGCGAGCAAUUGCUUCAUAUGGAACAUCGAGACAACACCAAGGUCACUUCCAUUGUGUUCAAGCCAUCUCCCGAUGUACAGCAUGAAGGCGAUCGCAUAUGGAUUGGCACAAAUGCUGGUGACAUUCACGAGAUCGAUGUGCCGUCUCAACAGGUGGUCAAGUCGAAAAUUGCCGCUCAUAAUCGCAGAGAAGUGAUUCGUAUGUACCGAUAUGCAUCGGAGCUGUGGACUCUGGACGAUGGUGGUGAGUUACUGGUGUGGAAACCUGAUCCCAAGGGAAUGCCAAGUCUAGACUCGCAAUACAACAACUGGCGAGUCCCCAAGGGGCAUUCAUUCUCGAUAGCAUGCGGGAAGCAGCUGUGGAUUGCAACCGGAAAGGAGAUUCGCGUUUUUGCGCCCAGCGCACUAUCGGACACGGAAUAUCAACUGACACGCUCACCACUAUCUCAGCCUGGAACCGGUGAUGUGACUGCCGGAGCUACGCUCAACCACAGACAGGAGCUGAUCUACUUUGGACACUCCGAUGGCAAAGUGAGCAUAUACAACAGACGCGACUUCUCGUGCCAAGCUGUUGUGAAUGUUAGUGUAUACCGAAUCAGCUGCAUGGCUGGUGUUGGCGAAUACCUAUGGGCCGGCUACAGCACCGGCAUGGCGUACGUUUACGACACGUCAACGACGCCAUGGAUGAUUAGAAAAGACUGGAAGGCGCAUGAGAAGCAGAUGUGUAGCAUCGUUGCCGACUCUUCUGCGAUGUGGAAAAUCGGUCGUUUGAACGUUGUAACGCUGGGUCUCGACAAUUUCCUGCGCAUAUGGGAUGGGAUGCUCCAAGACGACUGGCUUGAAGCUCGCAUGCAAGUGCGCGACUCCGAAUUUUGCAGGUUUCGAGAACUGACGGCAGCGGUACUCACCUGGAACGCCGGAGCUUGUAAACCCGGCCAUCUUCAACAUUCUCCAGAGGAUAAUACUUUCUUUCGCGACUAUCUUACAGCCCGGGAACCGCCGGAUAUCUUCAUCUUCGGCUUCCAAGAACUGGUAGACCUUGAAGACAAGAAAGUGACUGCAAAGUCGUUCUUCAAGAGCAAGAAGAAGGAGCCAGACGAGCAACAGCACAUGUCUUCUCAAUACCGUGCGUGGCGAGAUUACCUAGGCAAGAGUCUCGAUGAUUUCAUGCCUGCGAGCGCAAGCUAUACGCUUGUCCAUACCGCAAGCAUGGUUGGACUGUUUACUUGCAUAUUCGUCAAGUCCACCGAACGGCCUCGCAUACGAAACAUCCACGCGUCGGAAGUAAAGCGUGGCAUGGGUGGUCAUCACGGCAACAAAGGCGCAAUCAUUGUGCGCAUGGUCCUGGACGACAGCAGUAUAUGCAUGGUGAAUUGCCAUUUGGCUGCCGGGCAGACCCAAACGAUGCAUCGCAACAACGAUAUUGCUGAGAUACUAGAAGCGAACACGUUGCCAUCUUAUCCGCUCCAUGAUGGUGAGGUCGCGCAGCACAGCGAUGUCUUUGCUUCGGGAGGCGAUGGAAGCAUGGUCAUGGAUCACGAGAUUUGUAUUCUGAAUGGUGACCUCAAUUACCGCAUUGACACCAUGGGUCGCGAUAGCGUGAUCAAACACGUCCAACAAGGUAAUCUUGCAAGAUUGCUGGAGCGCGACCAGCUCCUGCUGAGUCGUAGAAAGAAUCCUGGAUUCCGCUUGCGAGCGUUUCAAGAGAACCAGAUCAAGUUCGCUCCCACUUACAAGUACAACGUGCACACAGAUCAGUAUGAUACGUCGGAAAAGCGCAGAGCGCCAGCCUGGUGCGAUAGGAUACUUUAUCGCGGCCUCGGGAGGGUCAAGAUGGACGAAUAUAGACGAUGGGACCAGAUUAGGGUUUCGGAUCACCGGCCGGUCAGUGGACGAUUACAGCUCCGGGUGAAGACUGUUGAUCCAGACAAACGCGAAAUCGUGUGGGACAAGUGUCGGAAAGAGUAUGAGAGUGUGCAGCAGAGGAUUGCAAGAGCUGCGCAACUCGAGUAUCUCACAAACACAUUAGGCUUGACGCCGAAAGAAGCCGUGGCUGCGCUGCAGGGAGGAUAGGGGAAUCCUUGAAUGCGAAAAUUCCAGCACGGUAUUUUAAUUGUCGAUUGGAAUGAAGUAUCCAUAAGGCACCUAGUCAUCAUUGAAUCGAAGAUGCACCUCUGGUGGUGCCCAUCUUGGCAGCAGCCAGGCGCUGCUUGCCUCAUCCCAUCACUUCGUUGUCCAAUUG